AUGAGUGGCGCCGAGCAAGCAGCCAGCGAGCUGCUUCGGAGCCGUGGCGUCGAUGUCGACGGCCAGCGAAGAGGAAGGCAAAACGGAGACGAUUCUGCGAGAAACAUCUUCUUUUUCAUCGAGAACCAGGGACAUCGUGCUGAUCCAGUAGCAGUUAGUGAACAGUAUCGGUCGCUUCGCAGCUGGGUGGAGAACGCACUGGACAUGUACAAGGGCGAGCUCGUAAGUGUCUUGUAUCCGCUGCUGGUGCAUAGCUUCCUGGACCUGGUCGAGCAAGGACACCAGGAAGCUGCGGAGAGUUUUCUUAGGCGCUUCGGCAGUGAGUUUCAGGAUCGUGGACAUCGUGACGAGCUUAUUGCGCUCUCCAGCGUCUCCCUACCGGAGCAUAUCGGCCAGAAUGAAGUGGCUCGCCUGUUUCGGGAGAACAGGUAUCAGCUGCAGUUUUCUGCCUAUGGAUGGCAGCUCUUGGUGUCUUUCCUACGAGACUCGGGAGGCUUCUUUUUCCUGCGCAUACUCAACGAGCACACCCGCGUUCAGAUCGAAACCGUCGGCACAGAUCCACUAGCGGAUGCUGCCGGGGUCACGGUGGAUGCCAAAGCAACGGACGGCUUUGUGGGGGCAAACGAGCGCACGUCACUGCUGCGCAUUCCCGUGCAAUGGGGCCUCCUCCGUGAAUCAGACUACGUCACUGAGGAUACCGAAAUUGACAUCGAUCGCGCCUACUUGGAGCGAAUGGCUCGCGAGCGCGAUGCGGAGCGUGCGGUGGCGGAUACAACCGGCUCCACGGCGGCCGCCGAAACCAAACCGGGCCCUGCGCCUUCGGGGAAGACUCCCGGAAGCGAACGAGACAAAGCAUCGACCGGCCGCAAGAGCGGUGCUAGAGCAGCCGCGAUGUCCAGCCGCGGAGCGGACGGCACCGGAAAGACCUCCGACGCGAGCGGCGGAUUUCUAGACAUGUCGCAGUCGAUACCGGUGCCUAGAAUUUGGCGCUCCUCUGGGAUGUUACCGUCACUGGAGGACCUGCGAAAGCGUGUUCAAGUGUCAGCAAACGCGCUCCCAUCGGUGCUCUUCUACACGCUCCUGAACUCCCAUGGGUUGGUGAAUGCGAUGGAUAUUUCGAACGAUGGCUCUCUGCUCGUCACUGGCUGCGAUGACUCCGUUCUGAGACUCUACAAGGUUCGACAGGAGCUUCAGAAUACAAGCGAGUCGGACAAGGACCGCGGAACCAAUCUUUCUGGAGAGAUUCCCUCGCUUUCCGUUUCGCAGGUCCUGGUGGGCCACGCUGGCCCUGUCUACGCGGUCCAUACCUCCGCUGACGGGCGCUACUGCAUAUCGAGCUCCGAGGACGGCACCGUUCGCCUAUGGGAUCUUCAGCUCGGCACAGACCUCGUAGCGUACCCCUGCCACGAAUCACCGAUAUGGGAUGUUCGGUUCGCGCCUCUGGGAAGAUAUUUUGUGACUGCCUCACACGAUCGCACUGCGCGUCUGUUUUGUACGGAUCGACUGUCACCGCUUCGUUUGUUUGCCGGGCAUAUGACCGAUGUAGACUGCGUCAGCUGGCAUCCUAACUGUAACUAUGUGGCAACAGGUUCAAGUGAUCGUAGUUGUCGUUUAUGGGACUGUCGAACGGGCGACUGCACGCGGAUCUUCUUGGGCCAUAGGGCGCCGCUGACGGCGUUGGCGUUCUCUCCAAACGGUCGUCUUCUGGCGACAGCGGAUUUCAAUGGCACGAUUUUGCUCAACGAUAUCGCUGAGGGUCGCCUUCUUAAGCGAUUCUCUGAGCAUACCGAUGCCGUUUGGUGCUUAGACUUUUCGCAAGGCGAUGGUUCGAUACUGGCCAGUGGCGCUGGUGAUAACUCCAUUCGGCUGUGGCCGGUGCUUACAAAUACGCUGGACGCUUCGGGUUCUUCCGUAGAUGCUGUGCAUGAUUCAAGUUCGUUGCGCGUGAUGCGAACAAAGAGCACGCCGGUGUUGGGUCUGCGCUUUUCAUGGCGCAAUUUGUUGCUUGCAGGUGGCUCGUUUCGUGCGUUGACCUAG